AUGGCAAAAAAAAAGAGUAAGAACAGUGAUGCUCACAAUGGUACCAACGGCACUGCUGCAGUAAACGGGAACGGCGUAUCCACUUCUGGUUUCCGCGCAGGGAAGAGUACUGAAUCCAUUAGCAAUUUGACCAGGCCGCAAUUGUAUUCCAUAUAUGACGAGGACGUGACGAGAAGUCAAGAUUCAAAUGCGUAUGAAGAACUGAGAAGAUCAAGAGGGAGCCAAUUAGACGACAAUGAGGACACAUUGAACUUCAUUCCUCGAUCCAACAAAGCAAAUUCAAGGUCCUUCUAUGCCAAGGUUAUCCAUUUUGUUUUCGCUUUGUUUGUGUUGUCGAUCUCAGGAAUUGCAUAUCAUGAAGUAUCGAGACAUCUGCACGAUAAUCAUCUAUUGCAUCCAGAUUUUGCAUCCAGACCGUUGAUCUUUGGUGUUCAAGUUUCAAAACUCCUAACCGGCGGGAUGCUUCCAGACUGGGCUACUUACGCUAUGGAGGGUGUUUUGUUCGGACUUGCGAUCCCACUUAUGGAUUUCCUGUUCAAUAUAAAGAGCACACGCAAUUCAUGGUUCUCGGUUUUGAAAUGCGCCAAUGCGAUGCUAGGUGUUACAUUUGGAAUUAGAAAAAUUGAGUGGAAUUCCUCAUUACAAGCCGGCGGCGCAUGGGGUCUGUUGAACAUUAUCAUUUGGUUGUUUUUUGACGGAACAUCGUCCAUGUUCCUUGGCUGCUCUUCUUUAGGGCUCAUCACCUGUGCGACCUGCUACAGGGAUGUUACAGAUAAAUCACAAUUACUGUAUUUUAUGGAUUUCUAUUUCUUGGGCCUGCUGUUCUUCGGUAAGGUGGGCAGAUACUUGUUUUCCUAA